AUGGUAUCGAUGCGGACGUUCUCACGGCAGAAGAAGAUGGCGGUUAUCGCGGCACUGUGCUCGGCGGUCCUGGUGUAUGCGCUGGUGCGCAGCGGAGGAUCGCCGCUUGCCGCGUCGCAGCGCAUCCUACAGGUUAAGGCACCACAACAGUACUUGCACAACCUCUGGCAGGACUCGUGGGGACUGAUUGCGGGCGACCGCGACCAGCGCGGGAGCUCGCGCGCGCAGGUGGAGCAACCGUGCAAGUUUCUGCCGGCAGCGGUGCAGCCGCGGUUCCGGCUGACGCGAGAACAGGUGCUCGGUGUGCUCGGGAAGGGCGGGAUGACGCUCGAGAGCAUUGUGCAGUUCUACCGCCGCUGGCGCUUCGACACGACAUUGCGCUAUGUGCUCCCAUCCUCGCUCAAGCACGGGCUGCUCGGCCGCGUGGUCGAGCUCCCGGCGUUUCUCGGCGACGUGUUCCAGCGCGAGAAGCUGCUUAUGAAGACUUACGAUUAUGACCCCCGCAUCACAUCUGCGGUGUACUAUGACGCCGUCGGCGCGGCAUUGGCGGCCGACGCGACGAUUGACGACAUUGUUUUUCCAUUCAGCUGGUAUGACUGGGCUGAUCUCUCCAUUCUCAACGAUUUCAUCGACCUACCCCAAAGCGAAAAGCCCACCGCCGACUGGGUCGUUAACCGCUACUUUCCCGUGGACGAUCUCUUCAAGUACGAAUCCGCGUUUGGCCGCAAUCUUUUUGACACCGAUCGCGCGAGGGGCUUGGUGGCCGAGUACUACCACUCCAGGACCAAGUUUCCGCCCAUCGCGCCUGGUGCUGCAAUUGACGCGGACCGGUACUGUCGGAAUUCCACAAAUCCGUUUUUACCCGGGUUUGAGUGCCCGGAGGUCUUUCCGCAGGCGAGACCGGAAGUCUACCACUUGCAGGCCCGCACAAGAUUAUACACGCGGGGGCCGAUCCCCUAUUCACUAACGUUUUUGAAGCUGGAUGCGCCUAGCAUCACCGUGCAGAUCUCGAAUACAGAGGCGCUCCAGAAAGAUGGCACUCCUUACAACAUCGCUUACAGUGGCAUGCUCGAGGCGUACUUGAAGCGCAACGUUAAAUCUUUCCCCAAGAUGCCCCGGCGUGAUUACUACUUUGAAAAUCUGCCCAAAUUCGAAAAUAUGUGGGAUGCGUACUUCCAGCGCGCAAAUAAGGGCCCUGGUUCCGAAACUGUGCGUAAGCCGCUCUUUUUGAACCUUACCGAAGCGGACUUCGAAUUUGAUGCCUUUACGAAACUACGCCAGCUACAGGCAAAUCAGGCAAACUUGACAGCCCACCAGAAGGGCUACAUGACCGCCCUUAACUAUUCGCUCCAUAGCCACUACGCAGACUGUGACAAAUUCUUCACGGAGGCUGGGGACUCCACGGAUUACCAGCACCUGGGGCACCACUUCGACUCGCGGUUUUUCCGCGGGGCGAUAUCGUAUGGAGAAAUACGGGCGCGCCUAGAUGCGCUUAUUAGGGCAUGGCUCUCUUUUACCAACAGUAGCAACCUUGUUACGUGGGUAGCGCACGGAUCGAUGUACGCGUGGAUGUACGACGGGCUGGCGUUUCCCUGGGAUGGCGACCACGAUGUGCAGAUGCCGAUACGGCACUUGCACAUGCUUGCGGAGAGAUUUAACCAGACUGUGGUGGUGGACGAUCCAACGGUAGGAAACGGAAGGUAUUUUAUUGACGUCACGUCAUCGAUUACGUCGCGUGUCCAUGGGAACGGCAAGAACAACAUUGACGCCAGGUUCAUCGACGUUGAUUCGGGGCUUUACGUGGACAUCACGGGGCUCAGUGUUUCCAGUGACCCGGUUAACAUGCGCUAUGAUUGGCUGGUUGAGAAGUUCUGGCAGGAACGCAACAACGGGACCGCCUUCUACAGGGACCCUAAUAUCAUUCCAGGGUACACUGACCUGACGCCGAAGGAGCUGUUGGAAAAGGAAAAGUCAGAGAAAGGAAACGGAGUUACGGAAUUGAGAAUCAAUCAUUUGACUGACCUGCAGAAUGAGCUCAACAGUGACGGCAACGAUUUCGCGAAAUUGUCUGCUGCAGAACGCUACAACCUCAACAAGCACAUCAAAGUUUACAAUUGUAGGAACAAACACUUUACGACAUUUGAAGAAAUAUCGCCGCUCAGGUUGACAUAUUUCCAUGGUAUGCCUGCAUACAUUCCCAACCAGUACCUCAAGAUUUUGAGGGCCGAGUACCGUGUGCCAGACUCGUUCAAGACCAUGUCGUACCACGAAUCCACGUUUCUACCGGAGUUUCGCCUGUGGGUUCUGGAUAAGCAACUUGACCGGGUCACCAACUCUGAUUCUUCGUCCACCAUUGCCGAGCACACGAUUCCGCGGGACCAUAUAGAGGGGCUCACUACGAAUGAGGUGAAGCUGCUUCUCCAGAAUAUUGCGGUGUUACCGGAGGCAGAGGAUCUUUUCGUGUAUCUAUGGAACACUCGCCAUAUAACGCUUUUCCGCCAGAAGGAGAUAGAACUCCAGUACGAAAAAACGCUAUCACGAAAGAAGAAGGCCGAUCUACUUGAUACCUUUGUGCGCGGCCGUCGCUUCAACGGUAUAUACAAGGAUAUUUUCCAGGAACGGAUGGAGACCAAUUUCUGGAACAACUUGCUCUCUAUGGCGGACGUUUCUUUCCCCCAGGUGCUCGAUGAGCUAAGGAAGUUGCAUCUGAAUCUUGCGAAGGAACUCUUCCGGAUCAACUCGGAAAUGGCCAUGAAGGAACUAGACUGGGCAGCCGAAUUUGGAGAGGAGACCCCCGGCAGAAUCAACUUCAACAAAUAUGGAGAGCACUUCUUCUCAAUGGGUGAGAGGUCUUCGAAUGCAAUCUUCGCAAGCGAUCCUGUAGACAGAGGCCAGUCUAUUAGCGACCUGUAUCGUACCGACCUGGAGGACAAAUUCAAAUCAAAGUACAAUGACAGAAAGACCGCAGCAGAAAUGGAACGGAAGAGGAAGGAGGAAGAGGAACGUAAGAGGAAGGAGGAGGAAGAGCGUAAGAGGAAGGAGGAGGAAGAGCGGAAGAGGAAGGAGGAGGAGGAAGAGCGUAAGAAAAAGGAGGAGGAAGAGCGUAAGAGGAAGGAGGAGGAAGAGGAGCGCAAGAGGAAGGAGGAGGAGGGUCGCAAGAGGAAGGAGGAGGAGGAUGAACUUAAUAGGAAGGAAGAUGAGGAACACAGACAAAGUAAGCACGAGGAACACCAGCGACAGGAAGACGUGAGCCCAGUUCAGGUGCAAGUCGAAUCCAUUAAGGAGCGCGAUUAG